UUUUGUUCUCUGAGCUGUCAAUCAUGUAAACCCUCGAUGGUGAAUGACAGCUAAUGGUAGUUAACUUUGUUUACUUUGCGUAGUGACUAACACUAUAACAAUAACGUCAAUCGUAUCGGACUGGUUUUACUGGGUUAAGUUUCAAAACAAAACUUCAAACACGAGACACUCACGCAGUUACUACGCAAGCAUACUCAACGAGGACCGGUGCUCGGAAAAAUGAAGCCAAUUUCAAUUUAUUGCAUUACCUUAGUGGUCUUAUUCAGUUUUUUGACCAAAGGAGCAGUCAUUGUUAAAAACAGUGAAAAUUUGAAAGGUUGGUGUAAAUACUCAUUAAAGUGUUUUUUUGUUUUGAUUCAUUUCAGCUAAAUUUUUCGUCUUCUUCCGUUUUCAGAUUUCGAUGUCAGGCCCGCAAAAACACAGGCUACGGACGGAUCGACAGCAAAACCUCGAACCGAAGAGGCUGAAAAACUAAAGAAGCUUACUCGGAGGGAAAAGUGCUGCAAUCUCGGCCGAGAUGUGGCCAAAAUAGGAGAGACAUGCAGGUACACGAGUAACCCAGACGAAAUCUCUCCCAAUAGACAUUUUCACCAAAUGAAAACAGCUGUUUGGAAGCGUACCAGCCAUCCUAUCAACCGCCGAUUGCUGGCAAAAUGCAAACCUCAUAAAGUUUUCUACGAGAAAUGCUGUAACUACGAGUAUUCUCAAAUCGAACAAGAUCUUAUCAAGGAAAGGAAAAUGAUCCACAGCUACUUGCGUCAAUUACGGAAGAACACAGUCGAGGAAGAUGGAGUUUCAAGCGAUGGGGGAAGCCACCCCGUCGAAGUGUCUCAAAACAGACACCGCUAUAGAAUCUAGUAAAUAGUAUGAUGAACUGAAUAACUCUACAUUGAACUAGAUUAGAAACAUCAUUUAACAAAGAAAUGAGAGAGCUUAUUUUUAAUUUUGCGUUGUAAUCACUUUCAUGUACUUAUAUAAUCAUUUGCAAACGUCAUACUCCAAAGGGGAAAAAAGUUUUUCUUUAUUUCUUGACGAUGACGUAUUUCAAGUUUCAAUAACUAGAUGUGAAUUGACGUGGAGGUCUUUU